AUGGAACCAGACCCUGAGUGUGAUAUAAUGGUACAAAAUCAUGAUGAUGUUUUGAUUGAUCGCAAUAUGCAACAAAUCAGACAAGACAUACAGGGGACCAUCAGUGAAAGAGUAAUAUCAAUGACAACGAAGUGGGCACACCAAUACAAGGUCACAACUGAGCUUUGCAGCACUGUUACAUUAUGGCAACAUACAAUAAAUACAACAAAUAUGAGAAAUGUGGCAAUAAUUUAUUUUAACGAUGUAUUAGCAACAAAUUUUUAUAUGAUAUGGGAGUUCAAGGCACAACUGAUCCAACUCAUACUGAACAACGCAGUAACCUUUAUUUGUGAUAUGCAUUUUGAAUAUCAGAGUGUUGUGGAUAAUAUGGUCAAGAAAAAACAAAUGGAAAACGGAUCGGGAAGUCAACCAGAGCAAUCUCAUAGGGUUACUCAAAUUUGUGACAUCAUCAGCAAAAGGUAUAAUUUCGAGUUCAUGCAUGUAAGUAGGAAUAAUGAGAAAGAAGGUUACAAAAGGGUAAAUGUUAGUAAUCUGGCUAUAAUAAAAGAAAUUGAAAAUGAACCAGAAAUUACAAUCAAUGAUGGAGAUGACAACUCGGAUGUCUGCACCAUCACUUCAUCAUAUGAUAUUCAACUAUCCAAUAUGCCACCACUAUAG